UCAUAUAUAAAAUCUGGUGAUAACUUUGUCUUUCGGAGCAGUUCGGUGGAUUCCAUCUAUCGAAGGCUACGGCAGGUUUCAGUCUCAUCCAGUCCGGUAAAUGAUGAGGUGCAUUCUCCCUCUAGUCAGUUUAUUUGCUGCGGCCUUCUGUGCCACGCAUGCACCAGCAACAACCGUAGAUCCACAAGAGGCUCGAAUGAAGUACCUCGAAAAUAGCCUGGAGAAUUUGGCACGUCAGACCAUGCUUCAGCAGCUGUUUGUAGAUGAACGAGCUCGGUCCGACGGUGAUUCUGGAAUUAAACAGGCACGGCUUACUCGCAAGGGAACCCGAUCCUACCACUCUGACACGGCUGGUCAAGACGCAGUGAACGGUAUUCACGAUCACAGUAACAACAAAUUCUUGAUUGGAAUGGGGGAGGUAGAUGUUGUUAUUAAUGGGGUAGAUUUCCGUACCAGACAUAAUGACUUCGAGCUUCGCAUGCCAAGCAAAACAAAUCAAAAUUUCCAUGCAACGGAGCACAUCGCCUUACCACCAGUUCCUCCAUCAGUCUUAAGUAAACACACGGUCGCAGAACAGAUCUCGGAAAUGCAAAAUUAUUUCAAAGCAUGGAAAUAUCAAGAUCAUCGUCUUAGAGAUUACAGGCCUUACUUUAAAGCUGUCAUGUGCUACAUGGAAGGAGCGUGGACCAAGAACAUAAAAUCGGUUCAGGAUCAAUUCCCAACUGAUCGACAUUCCAUGGGAGUAGGAGACUGGUCGGAUCUUGAACAAAGAAAUCGUUUUACAUCAUACACAGGGGGAAAGAACCCGUCUGAAAAUUUGGCCUACUUACCUAAAACGAUAAUAAAUGUGAAGAAUGGGACUGUUGAAUACGCCCAAUGGAAUUAUAGGAUUAUUUGUCACCCUUUGAAAAAGGACGUUCCUUUGAAAAUAUUUGAACCCAUUGACGAUAUUGGUACUAGAUUAGCAAAGAAGUAUAACACAAGGCAAUUGGCACAAACCAAGGCCUCCAGAUUUAACCUAGCAGCCUAUGAGCGAGUAGGUCAUUAUGAUCCCGAUCUUGGAUAUGGAUGGAUAUCAGAUGUUGGGUACAGCAUGGGUCUUCUGGACGAAUACAUGAGUGAAAUUCCCGGCAAAAACAACUACCCUGGCCAUUUAAUCGAUGAUACAUUUGGUAUGAAAAUGUUUCAUCCCACAAUCAGGGGUCAAGUAUUAAACACUGCUUACUACCACAGACGAUACAAAUACGAUAGACCAGGGGCCAUGGGAACAACUACUGCUAACCGUGGAUAUGUCGAUGCUAACAUGUGGACUGCGCAAACAAACAGUGAUCACAUUUCAGGUAUUGAACUGACUGACUGCCAGAAAAAGAACGGGAAAAGAGUGUGCACAAACUACUUUCCAAAAUAUACCUAUGCGAUACCCCUAGAGAUAAUUUACAUGACGCCUCUGUUGUCUUGGAACCCUCAUAAUCUGCAAUAUCACUCAGAACACGAUGCUGAUGUCCAUAUAACAACUGGAGGGCGCUAUGGUGGAUUCAAUACAUCAAAUGCAUUUAGAGGGAUCAGCGAAAAACACUUCUACAUGACCCCUAAAGAGUUUUUUGGAGAACUUGGAAAUGCAGUCUACCAGGAAGCCGAGGACAACGCAGUUGGUGUUCUUGAUCGUCACGGUAAAGUUCAACAAGUUUUGGCUUCCGGAACACGCGUCUUCCUUCCCAGUAUAACUGGUGUAGGCCGUAUGCGAACUAGAUUUCCGAUUUCACCAAUGUAUAAAGAUGGUUCUAGUGAAUACAAAGAACUGGAUGCCGUGAAAGAGCUUGUCAACUUCAUCGACUCGCACUCCUCACUUUUGCAAGAACCACCUCCUACGCAUGGAAAAUGAUUAUUUGAAUAAAAGUUUCAUUAGUACAAAA